GAAAAUACAGCAAAAAAAAUUGGAAUUUCUAGAAAAGAUCAAGAUGAUUUUGCAAUCAACAGCUACAAGAAAACUGCUCAUGCAGCAGAAUCUGGGUUGUUUAAAUGUGAAGUUGUACCAGUUAGUGUACCAGGAAAGAAAGGAAAGCCUGAAACUGUUGUGGAUACUGAUGAAGAAUAUAAGAGAGUUAACUUUGAAAAAGUGCCUUCUUUGCCAACUGUUUUCCAGAAGGAAAAUGGAACAAUUACUGCUGCCAAUGCUAGCACUAUAAACGAUGGAGCUGCUGCAUGUGUCUUAAUGACUGCUGAAAGUGCUGUAAAAAUGAAUGUAAAGCCCUUAGCUAAAAUUAUUGGUUUUGCAGAUGCAGCUGUUGAACCAAUAGACUUCCCAGUGUCGCCUGCUUAUGCUAUUCCUAAGGUAUUGGAACAAACUGGAGUAAAAAAAGAAGACAUUUCAUUAUGGGAAAUAAAUGAAGCUUUUAGUGUGGUUGUUCUAGCCAAUAUUAAGUUACUGGGUUUAGAUCCAACAAAAGUCAAUGUGCAUGGUGGUGCUGUAAGCCUUGGACAUCCUAUAGGGAUGUCUGGAGCUAGACUUAUUGUUCAUUUAGUCCAUGCUUUAUCUAGUAAACAGUAUGGAAUGGCAGCCAUUUGUAAUGGAGGAGGAGGAGCAUCUGCAAUACUUAUACAGAAAAUCUAGUUUUUAAAUCUGUGCUUUUUGGUGGUGUUGUUAUUCUGUUCUAUUAUCUGCAGCAUGUAUGAGCAGUUAUGAACAUUAUAUAUUUUGGAAGACGUGUUAUUUUUGUAUGAUGUGAAAGCCAUUGCAAUAUAUUUAUAUAUUUUAAUGGUAUAAUAAAUAUAUAUUUUUUCUAUAAA